UUACCAAGCUGGCAUACUUCGCCAUUACAACACUCGGUACCGGCGACCUUGCGAUUUCUUCACCUAUCCUCUCCCAACGAGCCGCGGCAUCAAUGCCCAUCAAUUGGCCAUCGCCCGACAGUUCGACAGAGGCGGAUACGACUAUCCGCAAGCGUAAGUUCGCGGAGACGGCUGCCAAUAUGACUUCCGUCGAAAAACACGAUACGAACACUCCUUGUAUCAAGGACGCGAGCAAGAUGGCUGUUUCCCAAUCACACAACGGCCGCGACGCCAAAUCUAUAACGCCCAAACAUGUCAGAAUCCAGUCAACCCCGAGCACCAGCAGCCCGGAUUCAUUGACCGACGACGACAUCGACUCGAGUCGCAAUUCUCCCUCUCCGAACCCCACCCCGUCCGACCGGUCACCCACCCGAAAUCAAAAUGGCUGUUCUUCUUCCACCGGCUCGAAGAAAACCCGAGGUCCCGUACCCGCCUCUUCAUCUUCUCGAAAUGCCGCGGCUACUGCCUCUCGGGUCCCCUCGACCAGUCUAAAGCGGAAACGUCGAACAGCCGAAGAGAAGAAGGCUGAAGAAGAGGAGAAGGAGAGGAAGCAGAAGGAGAAGGAGCAGAGGAAGAAGGAGGCAGAGGAGAACAAGGCGAAAGAGGAAGCCGAGAAACAGGCUCGUCUCCAAGAAAAGAACGAAAAGAAGGCCAAAAUCGAGGCGGAGAAGAACGCCCGUGCCCAGGAACGGGAGGCGAAGCGCGCCAAAAAGGAGGAAGAAGCCCAGAAGGCGAGGGUGGAGAAGGAAAAGAAGGAGCGGGCUCAAACGAAGCUAAAUUCGUUCUUCAUUAUCCCUUCCGCGGCAUCGUACAAGAAGACCCCCGAGUCGAACGCCGACGGUCGCGGCAAGGCCGACGUCAAAUACGAAGACGACAUGGAAUCGGCCGCCCGAUCAGCGAAAAAGCAGGCCACCGAGACUGCGUACGAAAAGCUUUUCCUCCCCUUCAACGUCAAGAAGGACGUUCGCAUGGCCGAGAAUACCUUCCCCCUCGGCGACGCCGCCCGCGAGGCCAGGUCCAGGAUGCUCGACCAGUACCUCUCCGCCCGGCCCCAGACCUUCACCCUCGGCCGCCUGGCCGCCGAGACGUUCGGCUUCGGCAAAGACCCGGCGCCGCGGGGCAGGCUCCACAAGCCGGUCCGACGGACCAUCGAGCGGAUGCAGGAGCGCAGCAAGAAGGCCCAGGCGACGGGGAGCCUCGAGGACCAGGAAGCCAUCCGCCGCCAGAUGCGCGCGGAGCUGGCCAAAGUGCCCGUGAAGUACCUCUGCUACCGGGAGGACGUGCGGCCGGCGUACCGCGGCACGGUGACCGAAGUCCCCGCCGCGGCGGGGGAGGGGAAGAUGCGGAAGCUGGCGCGGCGGCCGAACGCGCGGGUCAUGCCUGUGAACUAUGACUACGAUUCGGAAGCCGAGUGGGUGGAUGAAGAAGGAGAGGAUCUGGACCUGGAUGACGACGACGACGAGGAUAUUGAUGAUGGGGAGGGCGUGGGUGACCUUAUUGACGACUCCGAGGCGGUCGAUCUCACGCGGUUUGCUGCCAAUGGUCUCGAGCCCGAAAGCACCGGUCUUUGCUGGGAGGAUUCCCGGUUCGUGGGCCCGGAGGCGAAGAUGCGUGGCUAUCGAAUGGAGUUCAUCUUUGGCGAUCAUCUCGAGCGAAACCAGAGCAUCGACCCCUUCUCAACGGCGUACUGGCCCGACCCCAAGACCAAGACCAAGACGGCCGAGCGGACAGCGGCGGACGGGUCGUCGGGCACAAUGACAAAGGCGGAGAAGAAGGCGAAAAACGAAACCGCGAGCGCAGGCAUCCCGGCGGGGAUGGCGCACAGCGACGUGGUGAAGAUCAAGAAGGCGAUCAAGGCACAUGUGGAGGCGGCACCGCGGAUAUCCAAGAUUGGCUUGAUAGAGUAUCUCAAGUCUAGUGCGGUUGACGGUAUCAAGGUCAAGGGGAAGGAUAUCUCGAGCAGGGACCUGAAGGAGGUGGUGGAGAUGCUGGUGGAGCGGAAGGGGAAGAAGAGUAAGGAUGUGGUGUGGACUUUUCGGCCUGGGUAUGAUUGAGGUUGGGGUAUUUUUUUUUUUCUUUUCUUCUCCUUUAUCCCGACAUGGAGACCAGUAGUACAUUUUGGCGAGGCGAUGGCGGCGUUGAUUAUUGGUUUGUGCGGACAUAAACACAUUUGACGGAUAUGAUCAAGCACAGGGAGGGAAGACGGCUGGGAUUCUUCUAGGCAUGGACCGGGGGAGGUCCCAAGGCACUAUGAACCAGAGACACUGGGGCUUCUGGUCUUUGUCUCAUAUCUGGACCGCCUGGUUGGCAUGGUUCUGUCAUCACUAGAGUGUAUAUAGGGUGUUAUAGGCAGCAUUUUGGGGCUCCAGGGGUUUGUCCGGCGUCUCUCGUGUCCCGUCUGGCAAUCGAGACGGGCAUGAGAGCGACGUAUUUGGACUUGGACAUUCGAGACCUAGAUAUUAUAGGGCAACUGAACGAAAAACC